AAGAUUAGCUCAAUCUCUUCUUCUUCUUCUUGUCGACUGGAUAAACCUCUGGCCACGCCUCAGGGUUCUGUGCUUUCUUCUCUCUGUUCUCUCAAGCUCUCCACAACAAAAAUGGCUUCCAUCUCAUCCAUAUUAACCCCUACCAAUCUCAUUCACAGCUCCAAAAAACCCACAGAUAUCCCACAAACUUUAUCCUCUCAAUUUCUCCGACCAAUCUCCUUUCACCCUCCUCAUAUCCUUCUCCGCAUCUCUCCCGUCGCCGCCAAACCCCCCACCAGACUUUUCGCCGUUGCAGAAGUGGCGACGCAGGGUGCCAGUUCGGUGGCGGAAAGGAAAUUGUACAUUGGGAAUAUACCUAGAAAUGUGAAUAACGAGGAGCUUACUCGGAUUGUCCAAGAACAUGGGGCUGUGGAGAAGGCUGAAGUCAUGUAUGACAAGUACUCUGGGAGAAGCCGCAGAUUCGCCUUUGUUACUAUGAAAACAGUUGAAGACGCAAAUGCAGCAAUUGAGAAACUGAAUGAGACAGAAGUCGGAGGACGUAAAAUUAAAGUCAACAUAACAGAAAAACCUGUUGUUAAUACAGUUGACAUGUCAUUUCUUCAGGCAGAGGAAUCUCAAUUCAUUGACAGUCCUUACAAAGUAUAUGUAGGAAACAUUUCGAGUACAGUUUCUACAGAAACACUCAAAAACUUCUUUUCUGAGAAGGGUAAAGUUCUCAGUGCGAAGGUUUCACGGGUUCCAGGUACCUCGAAAUCAAGUGGCUACGGUUUUGUUACCUUCUCUUCAGAGGAGGAAGUCGACGCUGCCAUUUCAUCUUUUAACAAUGCUUUGUUGGAAGGCCAACCAAUCCGUGUAAACAAGGCCUAAAUUUUGUAGGGUUCUAUGUAACAAAAAUGUUUGGAAGUUUCACUUUUGCCUCUUGGAAUGAAAUUGAUGAACAGCAGAGGGCAGUUUUUUCACACAAUUUCUGUAUUCAUAUCACUAAUGUAUAAUCUUGUUUAUUUUUCUGUUUAAGCAUCAAAUCUUAACUUA